AUGGCUGUGGCCAUAACCGUCGCCGUUGUCGCCCUCGCGGGUUCGCCUAUUCCCUUCCUGCCAGAAGCCCAUGCGGCCAGGGUCAAAUCCUCUCAAUGGUCGGUCCUCCAGGCGCUGAAGAGCGAGUGGGGUGGGUUCAGUGGCAGUGAGACGUGGUCGUCUGGCAGCGACUGUGGCAGCAUGGCGGGCGUUACCUGCACUAGCCAGGGCGACAUCAUUUCCAUGGACCUGUCCAACGCGGGUCUCAAGGGCAGCAUACUCACCAGCAUUGGCACCCUUUCGGAGCUAAGCUUCCUAAACCUCGGAGAUAACCAGCUCAGUGGCUCCAUCCCUGCAAACCUCGAUUCGCUUUGGAACUUAAUUCGUCUUCGGCUGAACAACAACCAGCUCACAGGCUCGAUUCCAGACGGCAUGAUGACACUCAUGAUCAACCUUCAAGUCCUGAACUUGGGAAAGAAUAAGCUGACAGGCCCGCUCCCUGUAUUCUUCGCCAAUCCUGGUGUUCUGAAUGAGAUGAAUAUCGGAGACAACCAGCUCAGCGGCUCCAUCCCUGCAAACUACAAUAUUCUUACUGGCUUGACACGCCUGCGGCGUGAACGCACUAAUAUCUACCCUCGCUACCGUCAAUGUGCUCGACGUCUCGAGAACCUCAUAUUUUGGAUCACUUCCAACAAAAAUAAAGGACCUCACCAGAUUGCAAGUGCUUCGUAG